CGCGAGAAUUUUUUUUCCACUGGAAAUGGCGCUUGCUCUGAAGCUGAAGCUCUGACAUCAAGAGCUACUCUUCGCUAUCAGAGACCGUGUUGUUUGUCCAGGACGUGAAGACAUUUGAGGUGAAGCUCCGGGUGUUCGCGGACUAUGACCGGUACCCGGUGGACUCUCCGGACCGUAAAGAAGCUCCUAAUUCAGUCCGACUCCGGCGUCAACAGACAGUAAAAGAUGCUGGACCUGAGCGCCCAGGUCACCAGCAGCCUGGUGCCCUUCCCAGGAGUGACCAUCCAGGCUCUCGGCGAGGAUGAGAUCGUCCUGGACUCUGUGCUGCAGGGGAAGUUCACAGUCGGGCGUGGCGGGGUGGCCUGGCUGUCCUGCGGCCCCCAGCUGGAGGUGGUCGAUGCGGCCACAGGGGUGCGUCUGUCUGCCUACUGCUUCAGCGGGGAAGGGGACCAUCCACCCAACAUCCUCGCUGCCCGGGACUUCAGCUGGCUCAAAAGGUCAGGGCUGCUGGUCGGUCUGGAGGAGGUCGAGGGCAGCAUGCUGUGUCUCUACGACCUCGGACUGUCCCGGGUCGUCAAGGCCGUGGUCAUACCGGGCCGGAUCACCUCCAUCGAGCCGCUGGUGAGCUACGGGGGGGCCAGCACCACCACCCAGCACCUCCACCAGAGCCUGCGCUGGUUCUUUGGGAUCGCCGCCGUGGUCACGGACCUGGGUCAUGUUCUGCUGGUGGACCUGUGUCUGGACGACCUGUCCUGCAGUCAGAGUGAACUGGAGGCCUCGGACCUGGAGGUGGUGACCAAGUCCCCGGCGGAGAUCCCCCGGCUGAGGGAGGCCAGCAGCAGGCAGGGGCGCCACCUGUGUCUGCAGCUCAGUGGGCCCAGUGGCACCAAGGCCACAGCCCUGCAGUACAUCUCCAGGACCAACCAGGUCGCCGUGGGCUUCGCCGAUGGAUACCUGCAGCUGUGGAACAUGAAGACACUGAAGAAGGAGUACCAUUCCCAGUUGGAAGCAGGACAAGUGCCCGUCUAUGCGUUCACCUUCCAGGAACCAGAAAACGACCCCAGGAACUGUUGCUAUCUCUGGGCAGUCCAGUCGGCGCAGGAGCUUGAGGGUGACGUGGUGAGCCUUCAUUUGCUGCAGCUGGCCUUCAGUGAGAGGAAAUGCAUGGCAUCUGGAAAGAUUCUCUAUGAGGGUCUGGAGUACUGCGAGGAGCGCUACAGCCAGGAUGUCAGUGGUACGGCCUUCCCCCUGAGGGCCCAGGCCACCAACACGCGCCUGCUGAGCUGUCAGACCAUCGAGAAGUUCAGACCCCACCCCGACCGGGACGACAGCAUGAACGAGGCUGCGUCCCCGGACACCAGCGUCUCCAUCUUCAGCUGGCAGGUGAAGGCCUACGGUCAGGGGAAGCCCACCACCUGCAUCGGGGUCUUUGACAUCAACCGCUGGUACCACGCCCAGAUGCCCGACUCCCUGAGAGCGGGAGAGACUCUCCACAGCUGUCCCUACUUCGCUGUGUGGUCUCUGGACCCGGUGGUGGAGAUGGUCUCCCCUCGCCCCCUGCUGGACGUCGUGGUGCAUGACCGCAGCCUGAGCAGAGGCCUGCCCUGCACCUGGCCCCCCCCAGAGCAGUUCUUCAACCCCACUACAUACAACUUCGAUGCCACCUGCUUGCUGAACUCUGGAGUCGUUCACCUAACCUGCUCAGGGCAUCAGAAAGAGACCCUGAGUUUCCUGAAGAAGGCCGUGCCCUGCUCCAGCGACUUCAUCUGCAGCAGCUACACCCGCUGCCUGAUGUCCGGCCUGCUGUCGUCCCGCCUGGCCGACCGCCACCUCGCCGCUCCCUCCCAGGAGGAACAGCUGGAUGCCAUCCUGUGGACGGCGGUGGAGACCAGCUCUCUGGGCCUCAUCACGGGCUGCAUCAAGCAGUGGACGGCCGAGGAGCAACCGGGCUCCGCUCUGAACCUGCGCUUCAUCCUGGAGUGGGCCUGGAACAAGGUGGUCAGCACCAAGGAGGAGCUGGACGGCAUCUGUGCGCCCCUGUUCGACAGCUCCUCCAACUUCACGGACCCCCAGACGCUGCAGCUGCUGCAGCACAGCCAGAGGCUCCUGGGGAACCUCAGCGCCAUCUUCCACUGCCUGCUGAGCGAGGCCCAGGAGCUCACCCAGAGAGGGCUGGUCGGGCUGAUGAACAAGAACCUGGUGUCCAGCCUGAUCUCCCAGUACGCCCAGGUGGUGCUGUGGUUCUGCCGCACCGGCCUCCUGCCCGAGGGAUCCGACGAAGACGCCCUCCAGAUCUCCAGGCCCUUCUACACCCACGGAGUCAUCAGCAGCUACUACACCAUCCGCAGGGAGGACCUCACCCGGCUGGCCAAGGGCAAGUGGUGCGCGGACUGCUUGAUGAUUGACGGCUUGGUUAGCCAAUGCGGCGAGCGGCUGGUCAACCUGUGGAAGAGGGAUGACGGCGGAACCGGGCAGUACCCGCCUCCAACGCUGCAUGCCCUGCUGGACAUAUAUCUCCUGGAGGAUAUGGACGAAGCUGCCAAACACGCCAUUGUGAUCUACCUGCUGCUGGAUGUCAUGUACUCCUUCCCCAACAAAGGGGGGGCCUCCGUAGAGUCCUUCCCCACCGCCUUCGCCCUCCCCAUCGGCCUGGUCAAACUGGUCCAGGGCCUCUGGCUGCUUGACCACCACGACCACCAGAGCUCGGUGGAGCUGCUCCUGCACCCAACUACCUCCCAGUGCCACUUCCCCUGGCAGCACGAGAGGGUCCUGCAGGCCCUGAUGUGCCAGGGCCAGCACGCCGUGGCCCUCCGCUACCUCCACGUCACCAAGCCCCCGCUGUCCUCCAGCGCCCAGGCCAAGCUCUGCCUCUCUGUGCUGCUGCACAACCGGUGCCUUGUGGAGGCGCUGUCCAUGCUGCGGCAGCACUCCACACGCCUCAGCAUGGAGCAGCUGCUGGCCUUCCUGUACGAGAGCUGCCAGGAGCUGGGCCUCAUCAAGGAGCUGCUGAGGCUGCCCCUCAGCCCCACCGAGCAGGAGUGUUUGGAGAGGUUCCUGCAGGGUAUGGGCGGUCUGCAGAACAGAGAGCUGCUCAUGGUCCACUACCUGCAGCAGGCCAACUACAUCCCCGCCCUGCAGCUCAACCAGGGCUUGAAGACCAACCUGAUGAACGAGAGGGACCCCAAGGUGAAGGAGCGCUCCAACAGUAGGAACGCUCUCCUGGACCAAUACUGGAAGGUUCUGCCCCGAGUGCAGAGACGGAUGGCCAUGGAGAGGGCCAAGCCCUACAGCCACCCUGCCACCAGCCACCGAGAAGUGAACCGGCCCCAGCCGCUGUCCAGCAUGGCCAAGCGCUCGGCCAACGACAAGGUGAUGUCCAGGGCUGGCUUCAUCAGCAACGUGCUCACCAAGAUCGAGGAGGUGUGGCUCGGCAAAGGGGCCACGCCCACCAGCUCGCCGUUGAGGAGCCCCAGGGCCUCUGAGUCCCUGAGCGCCAGUCCCAAGCCCUGCUCCCGCACCCUUAGUGAUCCAUUCCUGGGAACUCCCAUCGCCGUGACCGCCAGGAGAAAGUCCAGGCUGGUCGACCUGGUGGUCCGUCCCUCAAGCCAGACCCCCGGGUCCCUCCUCAGCCCCGUCAGGGCCCCUGGCUCUCAGGGGGUCCCCCCUCGAAGCAUCGCCCGGGCCCCUGAGCUCAGCCUGCUGCACACGCCGCAGGUGGUCAAGCGUGCGCGGGCUCUGGUGGCGUCGGGCAGCGUGUUCUCGGCCUUCACACCCCACUCCAUCCUGCGCAGCAGCCUGCGGCCCACGCCCGUGGCCACGCCCUCGGCCUCACCCGGCCGCUCCGUCACCCCCCCGCUCCGCGGCGCCAAGGAGAGCCGCAUCGCCUUCAUCGAGCGGACGUCCUCUCCCGAGAUGAGGAAGGGGCCGGCCCCCUGGAGCAACGGGACGGCGGCUGACAGUGAAAUCAGCCUGUUGACGCGCGGCUCCCCGCUGCCCGGCGGCCCCCUGAAGCCCUGGGCCUCCCGGGCUGAAGGGGGCGCCGGGGAGACGACCCCGCGGGUCACGUUCAUGCCCCCGGCGGGCGGGGUCCCCUCGCCUCAGCUCCGGGGCUCGGACAGCGACGCGUCCUCCCUCGAGGAGCUCCCGGAGAGCCGGGGCGUGCUGUCGCUGUCGCUGCCGCCGGGGGCGCUGCCAGGGCGGCUGAGCCUGGGUCUGGAGACCAGCCUGACCUCCGUCCUGUCGUCGGACUCCACCCUCGAGUUCCACGACGCACCCCUCGGAGAAGAUCGGGAGGAGGAGGACGUACUAGUGGUGAGCAUCAAAACACCCCAAGAUGGAGAGACAGAGAAGUCCGUCGCCUCCACUGACGACGAGGAGGAGGAGGAGGAGGAGGAAGAGGACAUACUCGUGGUGAGCCUCAAAACACCACAAGAUGGAGAGACUGAGAAGUCUGUCGCCUCCACUGACGAGGAGGAGGAGAAGGUGGAGGAAGUGGUGGUGGAUGAGGAGGAGGAACAGCAAAAGAGUGAAGAGGAUGCCCAGGGAGAGAUGGUAUCUCAAGAAGAUGAGAAAACGGUUAGCCCUCGACAAGCACAAGGGGCGGUGGAGGAAGAGGUUCUAGAAACGCGCCUGGAGGAGGAGGAGGAGGAGGAGGAGGAUGGCGGCGGCGGGGCGGCUGGUCAGCAGGACAUGGUAAUCGACAUGGACUUGGAAACAUGUCACAUCAAAGUGGAGGAGGUUCUGCGUCCGGCCGCAGAUCAGGGAACGGUUGACGCCGUGGUCUGUGACGCCCGUGUAGAAGAUCUGGACCGGACGGAGAAGACCUUUGAGUAUUCUGAGUUCACCGAACACCUGGAAGUAACACAAGCCAGCGAACCCCAGCAUGAGCCCACAGAGCUGCUGGAACCCACUACAGAUCUCACAGAGUUCGUCGACCGCAAUCUAUUCGGUGACAACCUGUCAUCUCCCCUGCUGACACGUUCUGGUAUCCACGAGACGCCAGAGCACUGGAGCUCCUUCACCAGUGACGAUGUGCUCCCGGAAGAGAAGGAGCCUGCUGCUGACGUCCCCACGCUGAGCAGCCAGAAGUCUGUGACCUCCAUCACAUCCUCAGAGCUGUCGGGCAGUGAAUCACAUUCUGUGGUGAGUCUGAACGACACGGAGGAGCUCUCCAGCGCUGCCUCAGAGGAGGAGGAGGAGGAGGAGGAGGGGUCGGAAGAGUCUGAGGAAGAAAAGGAGGAGGAAGAGGAGGACUCGGGCAGCGAGGUGGAGAUCAUUGAAGAGGUUCAGGGCAACAGGCCCAUGCUCUCCCUCCAGCCCGGACCCCCUGCCCCUCUCUUUGAGGAGGAAGGACUUCCCCACUUCCUGGGCGGGCCUACAGAGGACCUCUCGCUGGUCCCUUCCGAGGCUGAGCUGAAGAUGGUGGCUGACGGAGAGGUGGUGAUGGUGAGGCUUGGGGGACUCGACGGGGCCGACGCAGUGGACGCCGGGACCUUGACGGAGCUCAAACCCUCCGCCACACUGCUGGUGCCCCUGGAGCUGGUGGAGGGACACGAGCACAGCCUGGUGGACGGGGCCCAGGUCGGCCUCACCGUGCUGGGGAAGGAGAGCGAGGCGGACAGCCCCACCUCUGGAGCUCACAGCGGCUUCUCCCUCAUGCUGGAGGUGGAGGACAUGGACUCUGACGCUGACACGCUGCCACUGGAGAGCCACCAGAACGCCCUGGAGCUCGCAGUACAAGGGAUCACUGAUCAACUCACUGCCCCGCCGGAAGACCUUCUCCAAGACAUGAGUGAGUCUCAGGGCCCGCUCCACCUUCUGAUGGAGGAAGACUCAGUGGUGGAGGCUGAGGCUUCACAGGUGGAGGAGGCUGAGACUCCAGAGGUGGUGGAGGCUGAGGCUCCAGAGGUGGAGGCUGAGGCUCCAGAGGUGGAGGAGGCUGACGCUCCAGAGGUGGUGGAGGCUGAGGCUCCAGAGGUGGUGGAGGCUGAGGCUCCAGAGGUGGUGGAGGCUGAGACUCCAGAGGUGGUGGAGGCUGAGGCUCCAGAGGUGCCAGAGGUGGUGGAGGCUGAGGCUCCAGAGGUGGUGGAGGCUGAGGCUCCAGAGGUGGUGGAGGCUGAGGCUCCAGAGGUGGUGGAGGCUGAGGCUCCAGAGGUGGUGGAGGCUGAGGCUCCAGAGGUGGUGGAGGCUGAGGCUCCAGAGGUGAUGGAGGCUGAGGCUCCAGAGGUGGUGGAGGCUGAGGCCCCACUGGUGGAAGCUGCAGAUCCAGUCCUGCAGGCAGCAGAUCCAGUGGAGGUAACAGAGCCAGUGCUGGAGGCUGAAGUCCCCGUGCUGGAGGCUGAAGACUCAGAGGAGGAGGCAGCAGACCUAGGGCUGGAGGCUGAAGACUUAGAGGAGGAGGCUGAAGACUCAGAGGAGGAGGCAGCAGACCUAGGGCUGGAGGCUGAAGACUCAGAGGAGGAGGCAGCAGACCUAGGGUUGGAGGCUGAAGACCCCGUGGCAGAAGAAGACAUCCAGGAUUCGAUGGAGAGGGAUUGCCUGAUGGAGCCGGAGGAACAGAGUCCUCAGCCCGACUUGUCUGCUUCCUUCUCACCUCACUACAUGGCAUCACACAAUGUGUAUGAAGAGGGUGCAGAAGAAGAAGUGAGUCAACUGUUCACUACAGAGCUCGGUUCCGAGGAGGAUCCGGAGUCUGACACCGUCUCACUGGCUUUUACAAACCGGAAGGUAGAGGCCGGCAGGUUCACCGCACUGGAGGCGAUGAUGGAAGACACAACGCACGCACCUUCUGAGGACACUUUGGCCGAUGACGGAAUGGUCAAAGAUCUCGAAGAGACCAUCCCUGAGGGAAGUCUGCCCGAGCAGACGGAUGGUGAUGUAGAGGUUCCGCCGGUAUUCCAGAACACGGAGACCGUGGCCACGCUUGAGGAAGAGCGAGAGCAGGUCGACCCAGAAGAGAACACGGUGGAGGGAGCCGAAGAGUUCCACAAGCUGCAGGAGGAGAGCCGGAGGAGGUCCAGGAAGAGGGGGUCUGAGGAUCAAGGAGGCAAGGACGGCCAUGUCAGGCAGGUCUUCAGCUCAGAAGACCCGGCUGACCCAGAGCCCUCUUCUGAGGAACCCGCGGUGAAGAAAGCCCCCGCCACGCCCACACGUAGGGCCACCAGGGGGCGCAAGACGGUCUCCUGGACCGCUCCCCCCCCAGAGGUGGUGCAAGAGGAGGAGGAGGAGGACGACGUGUCGAUGACUUCCCUUCGCAGCGGUACCAGAGUCAGAAGACAAAGCGCAAUAUCCCAGCAUCCAGCCAACACGCCGCGACGAAGCGCCCGUAAGACCCCCACACGGCCCCCCAUCGAGAAGGAGGUGGAGGUGGUGGAGGAGGAGGGAGUGGCCAGAGAGGAGCUCGUGAACAAUGACCUCAUCGCCCCAAAGGCCACCCCGGCCAAACGCCGCACGCCCCAGAAGGCCAGUCCGUCGAGGGUCGGCCGCAAGUCCCGCGGCCGCGCCCUGGAGGAGGUGGAGGAGGUGGAGGAGGCGCCGGAAGAGACGGUGAAUAACGUCCACCACGAGGACGAGAGCCGCGCCAAGGGCCCCCCGCCGGCCAAACGCCGGACCAGGCAGGGCGCCACGCCCACACGAGCCAGCCGCCGGAAGAGCAGCGUAGGGGAGGCGGAGCCACCGGAGGAGGAGCCACAGGAGGCGGAGCCACCGGCGGAGGAGCAGGGGGCCACGAGCUUCACCCGGAUCUCCAGGAUCCGCUAUUCUGAAGCCCGGACGGUCCUGCUGGAGGUGGAGGAGGAGGAGGAGGAGGAGGCGGUGAAGAAGGCGGCGGCCUCCUCCAGCCCGUCUAGAGGGACGCGGGCGUCCAGCCGGGCCAGCCUCAGCGCCCCGCCCCAGGUGAAGCCUGUGAGCCAAGCCAGAGCGAGGGGGCGGAGCUCCGCGGCCAAACCCCUGGAGGCCGACGCCCAGCCCGGCGAGGCCCCGCCCACCCCCGGCUCCCGCAGGCUGACCCGGAGCCGGCUCUGGGAGCAGGCGGAGGAGGACCUGCCCUUCCUGGACCCGCCCCUGGAGGUGGACUCCCAGACCCCCGUGGCCGACGCCCUCAUCAAGAGGCUGCAGGACGAGGAGGAGCAGGAAGCAGGAGGUGCUGCCGGUAAGAGGAGGGCGAGCGCCAGCAGGAGGAGAACCAAGGCGUCGGUGGAGCGCGACCCCUCCCCCGCCGCGGCUACGGACCCCCACCCGGACCCCGAGCCCGAGAAGGACGCCGCCAAACACUCAUUCAUCUACUCGCCCUCACGCAGGAGAACCAGGAACAACAGAGGCGGUUCUCCCAUCCUGAGUGAGGCGGACCUUCCUGUGAACAGACGCCAAAGCCAUGCUGCUCCUAACCCUGCCCAGAACAAAGAUGAAGCCGUAACCACGGCAACCGUUAAAAAGUCCAGAACGGCGAUCAAAUCAUCAGCCAAGUCUAAGGCGGUGUUGGUGCCCCUAGCGUUGGUGGAGCUGAUCUCCCCCCUGCCCAGCCCGGCCGCCGCCGCGCCCCCCGCCCAGAGGCGGCCCGGGGAGCCCGCCGCCGCCACCGGCGUGGGCGUGAACCAGCGGCGCAAACGCAUCAUGGAGGCCGUCUUCACCAAACCCGUCACCCGCAGGAAAAAACUCUGAGGGUGACGAAGGACUCAAACCUCAAACCACCGUCUGUACACGCCAAUCCUCUCUCUGGGUCCAUCGCUCCACGCGCCCCCCCCCCCCGCCUCAGUGGUCACUUCCUGUCUGCUCCUACGGUCACUUCCUGUCUGCUCCCCGUUCACUUCCUGUCUGUGACCGGGUUGGGAGACCUUCAGCUUAGGGAGGAGGGAGAACUGAACCGUGCUUUUAAAGUAUUAUUUCUCCUGGAAAACGUUUCGGUUUCGUUUUGCAUAUUUUCCCAUAUUCACUUAGUUUCAGAAUCUCUGGCGCACGUAUUUAGUGGCUGUGUGGCUGCAUAAUAAGCGAACCACACUCAGUGUUUAUCUUUUAACAGACCUCUGUGACCUUUACCCUCCCAGCAUUCGAUUUCUUUUAACGUGUGUUCAAGGCCUGGUUUCUUUCUCUUUUUUCAGAGAAGCAGUGAAAACCGCUUUCACGCAUAAUUGUGUUAAUAGCAUUAAGGUCUAAUAAAAGUCAAUAUUAAAUAAAUCCAUAAGGACUUGUUUAUUCUGAUCGUUUGAAGUGUUUUUAAAUGCAUCUAAAUGACCUAUGUCAGUCUUAAUAAAAGUUUACAGUUUAAUGCUCUGUGAAUCAUAGAUUGGAUUGGGACUGUCACGUGUUGUAUGAAAAAAGACUUGCACAGUAAUUGGCGUGUUUAUAGGCUUGUUUUGGGAUGUGUUGGUUUCUUUGUAAUAAAUUCCUGGGCCACUGAAACAUAUAGGCUAUUUUCCGAUGAAUGUAUGUAGAAUGACUUAUUUUCCUGACGACUGAUCUUUGAUAAAUAUGGUAAUGCUUGAAGUUC